UUCUGGACAACAGAAGGAAGGCUUGCACCUCGUGCCAAUCAUGUACAAGCUGGCCUCCUGCUGGCUGCUUUUCAUAGGAUGCUUCAAUCCUCUCUUCUCCCUCCCGGUCCUUGAUGCCAGGCACGAGCCGCUGCAGUUCUCAGCACCUGAUGAAGAUGCGCGAUCAAUCUUGGAUGAACUGGAGAGACUGUUCCUUCUGCAGAGACUGUGGGAGAUGUUAGGUGCAAAGGGAGCUGAUGGCCUCAGGAAAGCAGAUCCCAGUACCAACGUUGUUAACCCAAAGGGAAGUAUGAGGAAGUUUCAGGUUUUCUCUGGACAAGAUCCCAACAUUUUACCGAGUCGUCCUUUGGCCAAAAUCAGAAGACAAUAUAAGAAAAAUGAACCUCUCUCUGAAUGUUUCUGGAAAUACUGUGUCUGAAGUAAAAUGAACAUCUAUUAGUCAACUCAAAAACAACCAUCUUAGGAAAUUAAAAAUCAAAAUGCUUGAUUUGAAAACAGUAUAGAAGAAAUACUAGGCAAAUUUUACCCUGUUCAUUAUUAUUUGGAAAAUAAAUCCUAUGUUUUGCAAAUACCAUGAGUGGCUAUUUUACUUAUAAACAUAUGCUAAAAAUCUGUAAUUCUCGUUUCCA